UGUCAUAAUGAAUAUCAUAAUAAGUCUUUUCAUAGUUUUUUUAACGCAUGCAAAUGUUAUAGUAGCAAUGGAAUUAAUAGAAUUGCACUGUAAUUUUUCAAAAUAUAUGUUUAAUUAUUUUAAGUAUGGUGAAAAAUAUUUAUAUCAAUUUGAAAAUACGAUUUCUGAACUUGAACUAAGAAAAUAUGGAUUAGCAAUCAAAUCUCACGAUGAAAUCAUAAUGAUCAUGUUAGAUGCGUUGCGGGAAUUAGAUGUGAACUACUGUGCAGAAGAUUUAAUAGCUAUAAAUUUAUACUUAAACAAUGUUUCGGGAUCUUUAAACAUGAUCGCUAAAAAUGAAAAUGGCCAAUUCAGUAGAUCUGAAAGCUCUAAGAAUUUACUUGAAGGCUAUAAAAUAAUUCAUCAAUCAAUUGUUGAACGAUUGCAAUACUUUGUUAGUAACCAAUGUUCAGAUGUAUCGCUUGAAAAUGAUUUCAUAUCAUAUACUGAUUUUAAUCUACCGUUUAGUUACAUGCCAGAUGAGUUGCUUAAUAUCUUGGGAAACCUAAAAAACCGAUUAUUUAUUGUUAUAAAAGAAUAUUUAUUAUGGUACGUUGUUAAAUUUGAUGAUAUAUUAAACAGUUACACUGAUAUUGUGAAACAUUUAGCAUUGUCUUUUCAAAGGGAAUCAUAUAAUUAUUUUAAUCCUAAAAAUUUCUUAUUUUAUGAUUUAAUGGAAACUCGAUCUAAUUUUUGCGAGCUAGAAUUAUCGUCAGGUUCUCAGGCAAAACAAAAAGCCAUGUAUGAUGAAAAAAAAAAUCUGAAAGAUGUAUUAGACAUGAUGAGAUAUAGUAAAAUUAAUGGUAAUAUUAGCAAGAAUUAUAAUAUAAAGUUGUUAGAUAUUUUCCGGUUUAUCAAGUAUGAUUUUAACCCGAAAAACAUGCAGGUAUAUCAUAAUUUAAUAAAUGCAGCAACAGUUCUUCCUGUUAUAUUGAUUAUACGAUAUUAUUUUUAUUUAGUACAUAACUACCUACCAAUUAAAAAAUUUCGCGACCCCAACUAUAUAAAUGACAUUAAAAUUAAAAUUAUUAAUUUAGGUGAAGAUAUCAUUGAAAAUUUUAAAUAUUUUUUGGAUUUGAAUUUAUUUAAAGAUCAACUUAAAAAAUGUUUAGACAGUUUUUAUGAUAAGAUAAACUUUAUAAUAUCAAUUUACAAAGAAAAAAAUAAUUUAGUUGCAACUAAUGAAUCAAAAAAAAUUGUACAAGUUUUAUAUAGGUGGACGAAGCAUAAUUAUUUCAGUGGUCAGUUUGAUAAACCAGUUAUAGUAAAUGAAGUUGAUGUUAAAAAAGCUUAUAAAUUAAUAGAUGAUCAUUUAGAUAAAAUUGUAUUAUACAUUAAAUCAUUGAAAACAUAUCGGCAUUAUUUUGAGAUUGUAAAUAGAUACAUUCCUAGAGCACAUAUAGAUUGGAAUACAUUUAAAACUAUUAUCAAACACAUUAUUCCAUUUGAACAACUAGGGUAUUAUAGAGAUAUUUAUCGUUCACUUUAUUUUCAUGGUGAUGAUACCAAUGAUGAUGUAAGCUAUUGCAAUCAAAACUCAAAUGAAGAAAAUGAUUGCGAUGAAGAACUUAGUGAUGAUAAUAAGGAUGUAGAAAUAAAAAAUCAAACAUUUAAAUCCCCUAUAUAUUUUGUAGAUUAUUUACUUUUUGCAUAAUAUAUUAUAUAUAUAUACAGAAUGUUCAGUAAGUAAGGAAACAGUUCAAUUAUUAUAAACAAUGAGAACAAUAUAAACCCAUUUUCAUUAUUUAUUGAACACUCUAUAAAAUAUUAUCUUUUCUUUCGAUUAAGACUUUGUUUAUUUCUAA